GGCGCAGCCCCCAGUCGGCAUAGCCGGCACGGCAACCCAGGCAGAGGUCCGCCUUUGCCCACUCAUACCCCGGGCCCAGCGACUCCUGCCCAGCCCUGCGACGCGGGACGCGCCUGCAGGGGGCCGCGGGCGGAGGGUCGCGGCCCCGGGUCCCUUAGAUCGGCGCCCCCGCGGCCGGCGCAGGUGUGGAAGCGGCGCAGCGGCAAUGCCAAGUGAGUUCACCUCUGUAAAGCUAAGAAGCGAUUGCUCAAGGACCUCCCUGCAAUGGUACACCCGAACCCAGAACAAGAUGAGAAGACCCAGCUUGUUACUAAAAGACAUUCUCAAGUGUACAUUGGUUGUGUUUGGAGUGUGGCUCCUGUACAUCCUCAAGUUAAAUUACACCACUGAAGAAUGUGACAUGAAAAGAAUGCAUUAUGUGGACCCUGACCGCAUAAAGAGAGCUCAGAGAUACGCUCAGCAAGUCUUAGAGAACGAAUGCAGGCCCAGCUUUGCGAAGAAAGCCAUGGCUCGGUUAUUUGAGCACAGAUACAGCAUGAACUUGGAGCCUUUUGUGCAGAAGGUUCCCAGGGCCAAUGAAGCCGAGCUCAAGUAUGACCCUCCUUUUGGAUUCCGGAAGUUCUCCAGUAAAGUCCAGAGCCUCUUGGAUUUGCUGCCUGAGCAUGACUUUCCUGAACACUUGAGAGCCAAACACUGCCAGCGCUGCGUGGUUAUCGGGAAUGGGGGCAUCCUACAUGGACUGGAGCUGGGCCACGCCCUCAACCGGUUUGACGUGGUAAUAAGGUUAAACAGUGCACCAGUCGAAGGUUAUUCCGAACAUGUUGGAAAUAAAACUACUAUAAGGAUGACUUACCCAGAGGGUGCGCCACUGUCGGAUGUGGAAUACUACGCCAAUGACUUGUUUGUUACCGUUUUAUUUAAGAGUGUUGAUUUUAAGUGGCUUCAAGCAAUGGUAAAAAAUGAAACCCUGCCAUUUUGGGUUCGGCUCUUCUUCUGGAAGCAGGUGGCAGAAAAAAUCCCACUCCAGGCAAAACACUUCAGGAUUUUGAACCCAGUUAUCAUCAAAGAAACUGCCUUUGACAUCCUUCAGUACUCAGAACCUCAGUUGAGAUUCUGGGGCCAAGAUAAGAACAUUCCCACGAUGGGCGCCAUUGCUAUUGUCUUAGCCACACAUCUGUGUGAUGAAGUCAGCUUGGCAGGCUUUGGAUAUGACCUCAGUCGACCCAGGAUUCCUCUCCAUUACUUCAACAGUCAGUGCAUGGGCGCCAUGAACUCACAAGCCAUGCACAAUGUGGCCACAGAGACCGAUUUCCUCCUGAAGUUGAUCAAGGAGGGUGUGGUGAAGGACCUCAGUGGGGGCAUCCACUGUGAAUUUUGAGCACAACAAACCUCAAUUAGAAAUGCAGAGAACUGUGGUGAACAACCCCCACUUGCAUUUCAGCCUGCAGCUACUUUGAUGUGCAGCUGCUGUUUUUAAACUUUUAAUUAAAAAAGAAAACAAAAGCAAAAAAACAAAAAGCCAACAACAAAAUGGUUUAGCUCUUCCCACUGUUUUGCCCUAUUUAUUUGGAAUCUGUGUUGGGUUUUGUACAUUUUUAUAAGUUAAUUUUAAGAAUGGGAUUGGAAAGACUUCAAAGAGAAUCAUAUGGAAUGAUACUUUAUUAUUUUAAGGAAGUAAUUUUAAUUUGCAGAAACUACGCAUGUCAUCUGCACAGUGAGUAGUAGGUGACGAGGUGGGAGGAGAGGGCCUCUGUCCCUUGGAUGCCCGAUUCUGGAUUCUGCUACUCUAUUUGGUAGAACUGAUGGCAGAGAAACUUCCUGCUUCCUGGAUGAGGGCUUACUCACCACCACUGGCAGGCAUAGGAAGUUGGGAGCCACUAGACAAGCUCAUAACCCCUUUCUGCGCUCCUUCUUCUGCCAGAAAAGUCAUAGCAGCCAACAAGAGCGAGCAGCAGCCUGGAGGUUGCUGGUCGGUGAGCUACUGUUUGCUGCAUACUGUGAUGUUGCCUCAGGCUGCAGAAGCCAUGUCUUCCCACACUGUCAGGACACUUUUCAACUUCAAGAGAAAAAUUUUUUCUGCCCUUCCAAAGCACUUAAGUGUUACUUAAGACACUGUCUGAGGCAGCACAUCGAAACUGUGACAAAGUCUCAGUUGUCCAGAGCCAUGGGGAACGAGCCCUUUCCAUGGAUGAUCACAUUUCUGAAGCACUGGAGUGAAAUCUUCCCAUUGUUAGAACUUGCUCAUUUAAAAAAAAAAAAAAAAAAA